AUGUAUAAUAGUAUCGUGCUUUUGUAUGGAGACCCUGUUGAGGUUGAGGAGUUGAAGAAAUUCGUUUCUAUAUGUGAGGAAGACCCAAGCAUUUUGUUAAAACCAGAAUUUUCUUUUUUUAAGGAAUUCAUUGAAAGCUUCGGUGGAAAAGUAAGAAAGGAUAAAGAGUAUUAUGAAAAUAUUCCAAGUGAAGAUAGUACAGAAGAAAAAUCGGAUGCAGCUGAUAAGGAGGACUUAGAUGAAGAAGAGGAAGAAGAAGUAGAAGAGGAAGAGGAAGAAGGAGGUGAAGAUAUAAUGAAAGAGGAAACGACUGAAUGCCCCCCAUUAGCUCCUAUUAUAGAAGGAGAAUUAUCAGAAGAAACGAUAGAAGAGAUUAGUAAAUUAAAAUCAGAAGCAGUAAAUUUAGUUCAAGAAGAUAAAUUAGAGGAGGCAUUAGAAAAAUAUAAUAAAAUAAUUUCUUUCGGAAAUCCAUCAGCUAUGAUAUAUACUAAACGUGCAUCCAUUUUGUUAAGUUUAAAAAGACCAAAAGCUUGUAUUAGAGAUUGUACGGAAGCUUUAAAUUUAAAUAUUGAUAGCGCUAAUGCAUAUAAAAUUAGAGCUAAAGCAUAUAGACAUUUAGGCAAAUGGGAAUGUGCUCAUGCAGAUAUCGAACAAGGACAAAAAAUUGAUUAUGAUGAAGAUUUAUGGGAAAUGCAAAAAUUAAUUGAAGAGAAAUAUAAAAAAAUUUAUGAAAAGAGAAGAUACAAAAUAAACAAAGAAGAAGAUAAAAAAAGGAAAAAAAGAGAAAAAGAAUUAAAAAAAAGGCUAGCUGCUAAGAAAAAAGCUGCAGAAAAGGCAUAUAAAAAAGAAAAUAGUAAAAGGGAAAAUUAUGACUCAGAUUCCUCGGAUUCUUCCUACAGUCAACCGGAUUUUUCUGGUGAUUUUGGAGGAGGUAUGCCCGGUGGAUUUCCAGGUGGAAUGCCCGGCGGAAUGCCAGGCGGAAUGCCAGGCGGAAUGCCAGGUGGAAUGCCAGGUGGUAUGCCAGGUGGUAUGCCAGGUGGAUUUCCAGGUGGAAUGCCCGGAGGAAUGCCCGGAGGAAUGCCCGGAGGAAUGCCGAGUGGAUUUCCAGGCGGAAUGCCCGACUUAAAUUCUCCUGAAAUGAAAGAACUAUUUAAUAAUCCUCAGUUUUUCCAAAUGAUGCAAAAUAUGAUGAGUAACCCGGAGUUAUUGUCCAAAUAUGCCAAUGACCCAAAAUAUAAGAACAUAUUUGAAAAUUUAAAAAAUUCCGAUUUGGGAAAUAUGAUGGGUAAAUCCAAGCCCAAUGGAAAAAACUAA